AUGUUGUCCCCAAGUGUUGUCCCAAGUGUUGAUACAGGUGUUACAAGUAUUGUCCCCAAGUGUUGUCUAGUGUUGUCCCAAGUGUUGUCUGAUAUUUGUCCAAGUGUUGUCCAAAGUGUUGUCCAAGUGUUGUCCCAAAGUGUUGUCCCCAGUGUUGAUACUAAGUGUUGUCCCCAAGUGUUGAUGCAAGUAUUGUCUCCAAGUAUUGUCCCCAAGUGUUUGUCCCAAGUAUUGUCAAGUGUUGUCCCCAAGUGUUGUCUGAGUGUUGUCCCCAAGUGUGUCCCCAAGUGUUGUCCCCAAGUGUUGUCCCCAAGUGUUGUCCCAAGUGUUGUCCCAAGUAUUGUCCCCAAGUGUUGUCCCAAGUGUGUCCCCAAGUGUUGUCUCAAGUGUUGUCCCCAAGUGUUGUCCCAAGUGUUGUCAUAUAUUGUCUCCAAGUGUUGUCCCCAAGUGUUGUCUGAUAUUGUCCCCAAGUGUUGUCCCCAAGUGUUGUUCCCCAGUAUUGUCCCCAAGUAUGUGUCCCCAAGUGUUGUCCCCAGUAUUGUCCCCAAGUGUUGUCCCCAAGUGUUAUCUCAAGUGUUGUCCCCAAGUGUUAUAUUGUCCCCAAGUGUUGUCCCCAAUAUUGUCCCCAAGUAUUGUCCCCCAAGUGUUGUCCCCAAGUAUUGUCCAAGUGUUGUCCCCAAGUAUUGUCCCCCAAGUGUUGUCCCCAAGUAUUGUCCCCAAUAUUGCCCCCCUAUUGUCCCAAGUGUUGAUCCAAGUGUUGUCGUCCCCAAGUAUUGUCCCCAAGUCAUUUGUCCCCAAGUGUGUCCCCAAGUGUUGCUCCAAGUGUUGUCUAGUGUUGCCCAUGUGUUGUCCAAGUGUUGUCCAAUGUUGCUAAGUGUUGUCCCCAAGUAUUCUAAAGUGUUGUCCCCAUGUGUCCCCAAGUGUUGUCCCCAAGUAUUGUACAAGUAUUGUGUCCCCCAAGUGUUGUCCCCAAGUGUUGUACAGGUGUUGUCCCCAAGUGUUGUCCCCAUGUUGUCUAAGUGUUGUCCCCAAGUGUUGUCUGAUUGUCCCAAAGUGUUGUCCCCAUGUGUUGUCCUGGUGUUUAUACGCAAGUAUUGUCCCCAAAGUGUUAUCCAAGUGUUGUCCCCAAGUAUUGUCCCCAAGUGUUGUCCCCAAGUAUUGUCCCCAAGUGUUGUCCCCCAAGUAUUGUCCCCAAAUGUGUCCCCAAGUAUUGUCCCCCAAGUGUUGUCUAGGGUUGUACAAUGUUGUCCCCAAGUGUUGUCCCCAAGUGUGUCCCCAAGUGUUGUCCCCAUGUACAAGUGUUGUCUAAGUGUGUCCCCAAUGUGUCCCCAAGUAUUGUCCCCAAAUGUGUCAAGGGUUGUCCCCAAGUGUUGUCCCCAAGUGUUGUCCCCAUGUAUUGUCCCCAAGUGUUGUCCCCAAGUAUUGUCCCCAAGUAUUGUCCCAAAUGUUGUCCCCAAGGGUUGUCCCCAAGUGUUGUCCAAGUAUUGUCCCAAGUGUUGUCUGUAUUGUCCCAAGUGUUGCCCCAAGUGUUGUCCCCCAGGUUUGUCCCCAAGUGUGUCCCCGUGUGUCCCCAAGUAUUGUCCCGAUAUUGUCCCAAGUGUGUCCCAAGUAUUGUCCCAAGUGUUGUCCAAUGUGUCUAGUGUUGUCCCCAAGUAUUGUCCCAAUAUUGUCCCAAGUGUUGUCACCAAGUGUUGUCCCCCAAGUGUUGUCCCCAAGUGUUGUCCCCAAGUGUUGUCCCCAGUAGUGUUGUCUGAAAUGUGUCACAAGUUGUCCCCAAGUGUUGUCCCCCAAGUGUUGCCCCCAUGUGUCCCCAAAUGUGUCCCCAAGUGUUGUCCCCAAGUGUUGUCCCCAAGUAUUGUCCCAAGUAUUGUCACCGUGUGUCCCCAAGUGUUGUCUGCAAGUGUUGUCCCCAAGUGUUGUCCCUGA